ACCAUCUACCACUUCAUCCUUAGGGUCAUCAUCAAUGAUACCAUCUAUCACUUCAUCCUUAGGGUCAUCAUCAAUGAUACCAUCUAUCACUUCAUCUCUAGGGUCAUCAUCAAUGACACCAUCUACCACUUCAUCCGUAGGGUCAUCAUCAAUGAUACCAUAUAUCACUUCAUACAUUGAAACAACAUCAAUGACACCAUCUAUCACUUCAUCCUUAGGGUCAUCAUCAAUGGUACCAUCUAUCACUUCAUCCUUCGGGUCAUCAUCAAUGACCCCAACUAUUACUUCAUACAUUGAAACAACAUCAAUCACACCAUCUAUUACUUCUACCUUAGGGACAUCAUCAAUGACACCAUCUAUCACUUCAACAAUUGAAACAACAUCAACGACACCUUCUUUAAUGUCAAGCACUGAAGCUACGUCAGUAGUACAAACUUCCACCUAUUCCAUUGAAUCAACAUCAUAUUCAUCUGCUAUUUCAACUACUGAGACAACAUCAAUGGCUUCAUCCAGUCCAACCCUACUGACGACAGCAACAUCAUCAAUAGAUCCAAUGACAACCCCUAUUACUUCAACAACAACUGUAGUGGAACCAACAACAACAGCAGCAACAACGGAACCAUCGUCGACACCUAGUAUGACAACCAUGGCAUCAACUACUCCGAUGACAACACCUAUAUCAACAACAGUAAUUGAACCAACACCGACACCAGUUACAACAACAGCAGUACCGUUUAUUCCUCUGUAUUUUGAAAAUGGAAUUGCGACAAGAGAGACGAUAUUUCAACCUAACUCGCUUGAUUACAGAACCGUCUACAUAAGAUUAGGAUUACCCAUUGGCAGUAAUGAAUUAUACUACUAUUUAACGGUUACUACAACGGGGAUGAUUCACUUUUCCAAGAGGCCUCCUACAAGCCUUGCCCUGGCGAAAUACACCAACCCAUCUCGCUUCACAGAACUCGAUCGGUUUUCUUCCCAAAUCGACCCUGCUGUAGCGGUGUUCGGUGCCACUGUGGACACAUCGCUGGGAAGUCCAAGUAUUUAUCACCAGGUCUUCGAAAGCAGUACUGAUGUAGAGUUUUUCUCAGCUCUGAGAGACAGACUGAGAUCACUCGAUGCAAGGCCCUGGGGCAUAGAGAACAAUGACGUCAUUGACACCUUAACCACCGCUGUCUUGGUCACGUGGGAGAACUUUCAGCCUCCUGAUACUGUUCCUGGAGUAGAAAAUGUGACGUACCAGGCGAUAGUUUUUACUAACGGAGCAAGAACAGGGGUGCUCAUGCUCUAUGAAAUAGGCAGUUUCAACUGGAUUCAGCUUACGAAGGAAGUGGAGGUUAUUAUCGGCUUCAACGCCAAGUACACAAGAUCUAAUCGCUUCUCAGCUGAGUUUAAGAGCGAAAGCUACAGACCAGACCUGAACAUCGGGUCGAUCUCAGGAACUGAGGGAGUACUUAUUUACCGUCUCGACAACAACCCAAGCACGUUUGUCAAUUCUGCUCAGUUCUGCGACAAUUGGUACCAAGAGGACAUUGAGACUCUGUUUCCAUCCUUGCCGAUCCGACUUCAAAUAGCCGAUGAGUGCCCAUGUUCAAUAUUCCAGUCGUUUGCUGAUUUUCGUUAUACCAGAUGCAUAGAGGGUUCGUUCUUGUGCCGACAGAGUCGAAGGUCCUUUUUCGGGGGUGCUCACCGGUGCUACUACUUCUUGCCACUCCUACCUGGGAACUCCUUUAGUGACCCGUGGAGGACAACUAAUUACGAGGCAUACCGUUAUCAUUCCUUCGGACUAUGGUUAGCGAGAGAUUUCCUGCCGAGGUUUCACUGCUGUCAUCAAGGAGCAGGUCCUGAGUUUUGCGGAAUGUACCAAGAACGAAGACCAACUUCUACCUGCUCUGGGUAUAGACCUCCAAGACGAUCAUGGUUCUGGGGCGACCCCCACAUCAGGACAUUGGAUGGCAGAGGAUACACAUUCAACGGUCUCGGGGAGUACUUUAUGCUGGAGUACACCAACAACGACUCGUUCGUUCUUCAGGCGCGGACGGGCAAAGCCUUCAACAAUAGCGAGCCAGUCGACACCGGCACCGUAUUCACUGCUUUCGCUGCUACCCAAGCCAUCUCAGUGGUUGAGUUUUCGCUAAAUGAUAACAGAACGGCUAUGAGGAUUCUAAUCAACAAAACGGAAGAGAUAACUAACUUCGCUACGUUAGAAGGAGAUGGCUACGAUUCUGCAGAUCCUACCUUUUCGCUGACCCUCGAGAACAACACCGAUACUCUUGUCAGGGUCACUGCACUCUUCCUAGUAGGAGAGCUACCUGAUACGUCAUUUACAGUCACCUUUACCAACGAGGUACUUGACGUCCUCGUAUCAGUUCCCUCUGAAUAUAAUGAUCUCGGAAUCGGCAGAGGACUUUUGGGUAACAUAAAUGGUAACAUUUCCGAUGAAUUCCUACUCCGAAACGGUACGACACUAGAGGAUUCACUGGCAACAAACCUAACGGACAAAGACAUUUAUCCCUUUGGACAAUCGUGGCAACUUACCGAGGCUGAGUCCUUGUUCGAGUACGGCGACCGAGACUGGUCGUACUACAACCCAUCGAACUACACGCCUAGCUUCUUGAGUGACCUUCUGGCGGAAGAUCCCCAGAGGACGGCUGCUGCCAGGGCGACCUGCGGCGAUGACGAAAAUUGCUUGUUUGACUACCUCGCCGUCAAUCCAGAGCUUGGUCAAAUGUCGAUGGAGACUGGAAAUGCAUUCCAGGAGGAUCUUGACAACCUAGAAAACUUCCCGCCAAAUAUCACAAUGAUCACUGAUACUGGUAACGUACUACAUGAAGACGGGCGAGUGAUAUAUGCACAAGUGAAUCAAACGAUACAGCUAUCAUUUACCGCUGAAGAUCAGAACGAUGGUGACAUUGUCACCUUCACAUUUGGUGACGCCUACCCUGAAGGAGCCAAUAUCACAGCAGAUGGAAAUUUUGAAUGGACACCAAUGGAUUUUGAUGUAUCAAGAUUGGAGGUGGUCGCCAGUGACCAGAGAGGAGCGGAGAGCAUGGUCUUAUUCCGCGUUAAGAUCUGCAGCUGCUUCAAUGAUGGGGAAUGUGACUACCAGAGCUUGGCCGAUGGACAGAAUUUCACUGGCUUUGGAUACGGGGUGGUCACGUGCAAUUGUAGCAACGGCUGGUCAGGUGACCAAUGUGAUGAAGAUUUUAACUCCUGUGCGGGAAAUCCUUGUUACCAAGGUGUCCUAUGUCUUGACAAUCCUCCUAUGGAAUCAACCGACUUUAGCUGUGGUGACUGCCCACCAGGUCGGGUCGGUGAUGGCGUUACAUGCUCUGAUAUAAAUGAAUGUCUGAGCAACACCACGAACGACUGUGAACAUAACUGUCAUAACAUCCUAGAUGGAUACUACUGCUCUUGCAAUGAUGGGUUCACUUUGUCUCUGGAUAAAGGUUCUUGUAUAGACAACGCUGGUUGUACACCUGCAGCAAUGAGCAAUACUGGUUUUUCGAAUUGUACAUGCGAUCCAGGAUACGAGUUUUCUAAUGGAUCAUGCUCAGAUUUUGAUGAAUGCUCGAAUGGUGUUGAUGAGUGCCCUGAUACCUCUACAUGUAUCAACACAGAUGGAGACUACUUCUGUAGCUGCAUUGGUGGUUAUGAUACCAUCAACGAAACUAAGUCAUGCGCAGACAUCAAUGAGUGCGACACUGGGGAUUAUACUUGUAAUGCAGCGCCUAACCGCCAAUGUAUGAACACCAUUGGCAACUACACAUGCGUGUGUGCACUUAAUUUUGCAGAGCUGUCAGGAGCAUGCGAAGCUGCUACCACGUUGAGUAUUGAACUGCGGUUUGAUUUCAUCAACAGUAUGACAAUCACGUAUUAUUCAGACACCACUCAAAAUCGGGAUCGACUCGCUGAUGACGUAUUAUACCAACUGAACGGCACGUCUAUUUUCGGAGAUGGAUUGCUUGGUGGUGUCCUCGUGACCAAUUACACGCUAGUCGAACUAGUCGACCAAGAAUACGGCCUAGUCGACUUCCGGAUCGACACGUUCAACCCGAACCUGACCGCUACCGAUAUACAAUCCGCAUUUACCGCCUCCCUUCCGCUUGACCGAAUAUUCGGUUCAAGUAACCGAAUUCUCGAAAUAGACAUCAACGAAUGCAUUGAGUUCACUGAGGUGUGCAGUAACGGGAACUGUACAAAUACUGAAGGAAGUUACUUCUGCACAUGUAACCAAGGAUUCCAAGGAACCGGAACAGACCAAUGCGAAGAUAUGGAUGAAUGCCUGUCGGGAGCGCAUGCAUGCCAGGAAAUAUGUAUCAACAUUGAUGGCAACUACUCCUGCGCAUGCUCAGAUGGAUACGAGUUGGACAGCGGAGGAUUGAACUGUGUCGAUAUCGACGAAUGUUCGGGUAACUCGACGGUUUGUGAAAAUGGAAUAUGCACGAACAUAGUGGGCUCUUUCAACUGUACAUGCAAUCCUGGUUACGAACUCGCCAAUGAUAACGUCACAUGCAUUGAUAUAGAUGAGUGCUUGUUCGGAAUGCAUGCAUGCCAGGAAAUAUGUAUCAACAUUGAUGGCAACUACUCCUGCGCAUGCUCAGAUGGAUACGAGUUGGACAGCGGAGGAUUGAACUGUGUCGAUAUCGAUGAAUGUUCGGGUAACUCGACGGUUUGUGAAAAUGGAAUAUGCACGAACAUAGGGGGCUCUUUCAACUGUACAUGCAAUCCUGGUUAUGAACUCGCCAAUGAUAACGUCACAUGCAUUGAUAUAGAUGAGUGCUUGGUCGGAAUGUAUGCAUGCCAGGAUAAAUGUCUCAACAAUGAUGGCAACUACUCCUGCGCAUGCUCAAAUGGAUACGAGUUGGACAUUGGAGGGUUUGACUGUUUAGAUAUCGACGAAUGUUCGAGUAACUCGUCGGUUUGUGAAAAUGGAAUAUGCACGAACAUAGGGGGCUCUUUCAACUGUACAUGCAAUCCUGGUUACGAACUCGCCAAUGAUAACGUCACAUGCAUUGAUUCAUCUACCAGCACAACAGUGGACCCAAAUGUGACAUCUGAUACCACAGCAGUCACGUCAGAUACCACAGCAGUCACAUCAGAAACCACAAGUUUAACAACUGACACCACAUCAGUAACGUCUGAUAACCCAAUCAUAACAACUGAUACCACAGCAGUCACGUCGGAUACCACAAGCUUAACAACUGAUACCACAGCAGUCACGUCGGAUACCACAAGCUUAACAACUAAUACUACACCAGUGACGUCUGAUACCACAAACAUGAUCACUUCUACAACAAUGGAGACAGUCGCCACCUCGCAAUUCGAUGUAGUUAUCUUUGUUGUCAUCUCUUUCAACGCCACUUAUCAAAACGAUCUUGCAGACCCAACUUCGACUGCCUUUACCACUUUGGCAACUGCCCUUUGUGAUCAGUUGGUAGCAUUCUACAAGACGCUGACAAAUGGGGAUAUCACGUGUAUAGUAUUGGGUUUCACAAGCGGUAGUGUCGUGGCGAACGUGGAUUUAACCAUCUUAGCAAACAAUGCAUCAGAUGCAGAAGACAUCAGGAGCAAUGCUGUAAACGUCACGGCUGCGGAUAUAGGAAGCUUUCAAGUAGGCAGUGAAACGUACAGUCCAAUAACGAUUAACUCAAAUGUAACCAUUCAGGAGAGGCAACCUGAUAUUUCAACAAUCUCCUCUACAACGGGCAUGGAAACAAAUCAAAUAACAGAGUCUACGACAACAAAAACAACAACAACAACAACCACAGCUUUAGUAGUCCGUCCGGUGAGGCUUUUAUUAAGAGUUACUCGGCUAAAUGAUGUUAUACUGGAUUACAAUACAAGUCUUUCUGAUUCUACGACGCCAUACUUCCAAUACCUUGCCAACAUAUUUUGCAAUGCGGUAAAGGAAUAUAUUGAAGCCAGGUAUGGCGCGCUACAAUCCUACACUUGCGACGUACUAACAUUCGUAGAAGGAAGUGUUAUCGCUGAUAUGCAGAUAGAAGUUGGAGCGCCGACUACAGCUGAAGCCACUGCUAUCGAACAAGCCAUCACCGACAUAGCGACAAUGAAUCAACGUUUGACUUUCGGGAGCACAACCCUCUCCGUGAUGUUGCCAACCGAUUCACAGGGACUCUCUGGUGGAGCGAUCGUCGGUAUCGCUAUAGGUGCCGUAGGUGGCGCACUUCUGAUCAUCAUCUGCAUAAGUUUCUUACUAAUGCAUACAUCAAGGCGAGCUGCGGCCAAACACGCUUUUGAAGAGGCGUACCAUGGUCAAUAUAAUCGGGACAGCCCCGUCUUUUUUGGUGACGAUCCCUAUGAUGAUGCGUCGUCUUAUUACUCGAUCGAUCGCCGUGAGUUGGCGGUCGGUCGAGCCGUGCAAAGGCUGACAAGAGAUCGAGAACGAGGUGGAACGAAUCGCAAUUUCCGGACACCAUACGUGGUUGAUGGUGAAGACAACGAGGGUUAUAUUGAACGAAACCCGAUCUACUACUAAAGAUAUCUGCAGACUUUGGAUCAUCUCUUUGAAGAUUCAAAGGGAACCUUCUUCAAAGGAGAUUCAAUCCAACAGUGAGGUUCCUUAACUAUGUACCUAGCUGUUGGUCUUAAUACUGCCGCCAUCAAUUUCAAGCUUAACCGCUCACGAUGGCGGUCUUCUGCGUUCAGUAAUUAACGUUUAUCUUACUAAAGAAUGAAAAUAAUGCUCUCAUCAUUGAUUUGUAAAAAUAUGUAUUUUUGGUGUAUUGUCUAUAUUAUGGAUUAUUUUGUAUAUGUAAACACAUAUGAUAAUAUGUAUUGCAUUAUUUUGAACGUACUAAACAAUACACAGAGUGCAAAAUGUGCUAACAUUAUAUUUAAUUUUAAUCUUCGUUGAAAAAAAAGUUAUUUGAAAGGCGUACUCGUGUUUAAUCUCUUAUGAUGGUACAUGUAAAAAGUAGCAGAAAUAGGUUGAUCUAGUGAACAAAUAUUUAAACUCUUCGUGAAACAACAUGUUGGAAUGCUGGUAUGAGAUAACAGAAACUAGGAAGCAUUUUUUUAUUUAUUAUGGCGGUGCUUGUGUAGAUGUAAUGAAAUAUUUGACUGUAAUAAUUUUAUAACAUCUUAUUAUCAAAAUCUUGAGAAGUGAACUUUAGACUCUUUACAAAUUUUACAAAUUUAAUUUGUAGUUGAUCGUAAAACUAGUCAUAUUAGGAAUUGCAUUUUGAUAAGAUAAAUUAUUAAUUUAUCAUCUCACUUCAGUGGGAUUUUAUUGAUAUUGCUUCUUCAACUUAAGUAUCGAUUGCUGACCCGUUUUAGUCGGUCAUGUAGAUGUUGAUCCUGUAAUCGUAUGGAGAAUAUGAAAUAAAAAAUUAUGAUGUGACUUUCGAGCGUAUCUAAUUAAUUUAGUGUCAUUAUAAUAUUAUGCUGCAAGGUCUUUGAAAAUAAUAAACUAUUGAUCACCACACAGUAGAAAAAUUUACCCCGAUAUUGACAUUUUAGACAUCUUUAACCUCAAAGUUCAGAUUUUCAAUAUCCCCUACCAAAGCAGAAGAACUUUCAUGAUCAUGCUGUGAAAUUGAAUAAAGACUGUACUCAAUUUUGUUUAAUUAGAUUAUCUCCAUUCUUUUAGAAGUGGUAGAUCAGGGUCCAUUGGCGGCGGAAGCCCAAAAAUUUAAGGGGGGUCCACCUGAAAUUUUGUGAUGAACACAUGUAAAAAAAAAUUUGACAAGCCAAAAAAAAAAGGUUAUCAGCUAAAAAUUUAGGGGGACCGCCCCCCACCUCAAAUUUAGGGGGGACCUGUCCCCCCGCCCCCACCCCCCCCACUUCCGCCGCCUAUGUCAGGGACCCGUAACACAAAGGUUAGCAAUUAAUCGUACGCUUGAAUUUUUUGAUUGAUUGAUUGUAAAUUGUAGCCAAUGGAAUCAAUUGUAGAAAAAAAGUUCCACGAUCAGUGCGAAGUUUUGUGAUACGGGCCCCUGAUCAUGUGGAUAAAAAAAAAUCGUUCUAUAUAGGUUUUUCAUAGAUUGUACUCUUUUAUUUGUUUGAAAAUGAUUGUGCCAUUCAGCCUCUGCUUUAAAUCAUUUUUAUGGUAGCUCAUUUCUUCCUCGUGCUUGUAACUUUACAUAAAUCAAAACGUUUUGAGUCCUCAGUUGCAAGGGUUUAUGGCAUUGGACAGGCUUGCAGACAACUAUUGACAACCUGCACAAGUUUCGUUACCUGGUAGAACUCCAAUCAGCUUUACUCAGUCUGUCAUCAACUUUGCAGAAGUCCAGUGGGACCCGUUUCAUAAAACUUGUUCCAAUAACAAAUUUGCAAUAACAUUUAAAAGCUACAUAAAUCAUUGAAUCUGAUUGGCUGGUGAUAAAUUUGAAAUUGCGCAUUUGUUAUUAUUUCAAGUCUUUAUGAAACGGGGCCCAGGGCAUGUUUCAUAAAGAGUUACAACCAUCGUAACUUUGCCAUUAUGGGGAUUACCUUGAAAACCUUGAUUUUUUAUUGACUGUCGAGUGAUGUUACCGUGUUAGUUGCCAUAAUUGCAAAGUCAGUGUAGUUGCAACUCUUCAUGAAAUGGGUCCAAAGUUUAGAAAUGGGUGAUUAAAAGCUCGGUGUUGUUGUUAGGAGCAUAAUUUUAAUUGCCUUUCGGAGCCUUUACACCCGAUCAGAUUUUUCACAAAUAUUACCACAAUCGCUUGAUUGCUAUUCAUCCCAGGACCGGGUGUAUUUUCGGCUUUGAUGUUACACCAAAACCAAAAGGUAAACACCGAACAUGAAAUACCCAAUGACAAGACCCGGUAUCAUUCCCGAUCCAUCUUGAAUUUCACUCAAUUUCCUGUUAAGGUAGAUACUAAUCUACAAAUCGAAUUUAUGAGCUAUCAUACCAGUGUCUUUUUGUUUUGCUUAGUAGUAGUUUUGUAAUUAAUGAAAUGUUAAUCGAUAUAAUGUGUAAUCUAUAUUUUCUUUCAAGAUAUGCUUUCAGUUAAAUUGGUAAUUCGAGCUGGCACUCGAAUUUAAUGGCUAUCAUAUCGGUAUUUAUUUUGUUUUGUUUUUUUAUUUAUCAAACGUGAUUUGAUGAAAUUUCCAAUCUCUUAUUUUUUUAAAGAUAUGCCUAUUAUACAGUGCGUCCAAGAAGAAAGGAAACCGGGAUUCCCAUGUCAUUUUUCUUCAAAGGCAAAUAAAUUAUGAUAUUUCAUUUACAUAGUCUUCUAAUUCAAGUAUUCCUCUUUAUUUUGAUACCUGACAUGAGACGAACACUUCACACGCAUUAAUGAGCAAGACGAGUUUGAAAUUUUAAUGUUUCAACCAGGUUGUGCAUAAAAAUGGGACAAGGUUGGUUCGAGAUACGAUGACCGUGCUUAAUUGACGAUUGACUCAUUAGCAUUUGUUUUGUAUUCUUUGUUAAGAUUAUCUCGCUGAUCCCUGAAAUAAGAGUGGCUUCAGCUCCACACGUGAGUUUAUGCCCCGGGGGGGCCAGUUCCAUUCACGAGUGGAUACCAUGCGCGACCAUGGGGUCUCGAAAAGCACCCUAAACACGUAAUUUCCAUAUUCUGAAAAUGCACCCCUUAACAAGUAUUGGCGUGUGAAACCCUACCCUUAACAAGUAUUGGAAACAAAAAGAUACUCUUGGCAAAUAUUACCUGAAAUGAACCCCUAAACAAGUACAGGAAUGUUUUAUUGUUACGGGUCCUUCGGUCGUCGGCUUUACCUUAUUUGGUUUAGUACGACCCCAUCUUCAACAUCUCGCGAAAAUCGGACUCUAAACACGAAGUGUUGGGGCAAAAUGGACAUCCUUUAUAAAACAUUUUAAUUUUGUUUUAUCAUCCCCGCAAAUUCGACCCUAAACACGUAAUUGUCCUAGCGAAAUAGAUACCCUAUUUUCAUUAUUUUUGUGUUUUUGAAACCCUUAUCACGUUACGUACGUAACGUGCCCUAUCGUGAAAAAGACAUCCUUUUUACGUGUUUUUUUGGUCGCGCAUGGUAUCCACUCGUCAAUGUAAGUGGCCCCCCCGGGGUUUAUGCGAAAAUCGGUUCUGAUAUGCCUCAAUAUUUAUUGUUUGUAAUGUGCCAUGCAUGAACGAUGUGCUUAACUGUUGGUUUCAAAUUCGAGAUGAGAUUCCACUCUUGCUACGAGUAUCAAAUAAUUGUGAAAUCUAUCUCUGAAAACGGGUUUCCUUUUUUGUGGGACGCACUGUAUUUUACAACUGCAAAUCGAUUUUUCAGCUAUCACAUCAGUAUCUAAUUUGUUUGGUUAUUAAUCGAAUUCCGCAGCACCUGAUACCAGCAUCUAUUUUAGUUAUUUAUAAUAUAUAUAUCAUUUGUACGUGUUUGAACUUAUCAACAGUAAGUGUUUAUCAUAAUACCUGUCAAAAAUAUAAGGGACUUUAUGACACAUUAAGUUAUUUCAACCUCAACAAUGAUACUGUAUAUAUAAUGCCAAUAUAAACUUUAAUUGCAAU